AUCAGCGCUGCCGGAGAGUGUCUUACUGGCUGUGACCAUGGGCUGUGACCCGCCCCGCCCACGUCAGAAGACCCGCUGAAAUUCAAAGUUAGAGGAGGAGGAGGCAGGAGGUCUCUGUGUGUUUAUGUCUGCGGUCAGAAGAAGAAGACUCCUCUGCUCCUGGUCUGAACUCCCCUCACCUCCUCAGCUCAGUAUGGAAACUGGCGAGGAAAACAACGCAAGCAUGAAGAGACAGAGAACCCCACUGUCAGAUUCUGAAGACAAUGUCUUCUCACCUCCAGAGGUGAAUGAUGGCCAGAAGCGGCGGCGUCUGGACGUAGCAGGUCAAGAGAACCGAAGCCCUAAACCAUCCAGCUCUGGACGACUAGCUGAGCUUGGGAUGAAGCCAGAUACACCGAUGGUUCCCUCAGUGCAGUCCCGGGUCCACCAGCUCACCCAGAGAAGAGAGGGAUCUCCAAUGUCCCAGAGGUGCCUCUCGGAUCCUGGGGCUGACAGCCCAGCAGCUAUCGUCCAUGACAAGGGCUUCAGAGAGCAUCUCCUUGGUGAGGGAGAGUUCAGUCAGCGAAUGGAACGAUUUAAAGUCCCAGUCCUCCAGACUGGCCUCACACCGAGCCCUGCGAGCCUGUGCUCUCGAACCCGAUCUAACUUAGUAUCUGACAUCCAUCAGAAACUCCAGGGCACGACGACACCCAGCUCCAAGCAGGCCUCUCGUAUUCGCCAGGAACGGGAUCAGGAAUUAAGCCAGCUACAUUUCCAACCAAUCAGUGAGAACGCCUGGCUAAAGAGAAGCAGCUCGGAUCCCUCAUUGGCUCAGCAGGGAAGGAGCACUCCUGGCCCCUCAUCUCCCUCCUCCUGGGUCCCUAGAUCUGGAAGGAGAGUUCAUUGGCCUCCCAUGCAGCCCAGGGAUCAGGAUGAGGGUGAAGCUCAGAAGAAAGAUGGCAGCUUCAGUGAACCUACAUCAGCUGCAGAGAAUCUGUCUGUAAACACAACAGGUCUUUGCUCUAGCGAAGGGCAGCUGCAAAUUGAGGGGAAGGAAAACACUCAUCACAGUGAAGAAGUCAUGAAAGAGAAAGACCACAAGGCUUCAGUUGGAAAUGAAGAGCAGCUUGAGGCAAAAGAAUCAGAGACCGUAUUGAAGCUGUCUUUUAGUGAGGAUCAGAGUUUCUCCAAAACAUGUUUCAGUGAGGAUCCCCAAGUGUCAUGUGACGAAGAGAGGCUGCUGGAAUCAACUAGUCCACAAGAACCAAACAAUGACAAAACCGGCAAGGGUUCCAAAGCAACUGAACAGAGCAAGAAAGAGAGUUUUUUAUUGGAAGAAGAUGAAAAGAUGGAUGGUGAUUCUUUAUGUAAUGACGAGGAGAUUGAGCUCUCAACAGACGAGGAGUGUCGGUUGUGGAGAUAUCCUCAGCACGAGGUGUGCAAAGAGGAAGGGUCUGUCAUAUCUGAAGAGCUGCAGGGAGAUUUGUCCGCUGAGGAGAAACUGCAAUUAUCAGGAUUGGAGGAGGAGGAGGAAGGAGGCAGUGUUGCAGAUCACAGUGAUCCCUCUGACAUCCAGGACAGUGACUGUUAUUUGGUUGAUGUCUCUGUUGAGAUGGCCAAUUCCUCUGAAUUGCAGGAAGAUGAUAAAUCUAGACUAGAAGAGGACUCUGUGAUGGACCAGUGUUCUUUAAACAGAGAACAUGUGAACAUGGAGUUCAAAGAAGAAUGUAAAGAGGGAGCAGCCAGUGAAGAUACUAGUAUUUCUACCACGACACAAGACCAGAAAGACAUAGAGGGAUGUACUCAAGAGGAAGAUAUAUGUCAACAGUCAAAAGACGUCCUAACAAUCGAUAUAAAGGAAGAACAUAUGGAUCUAGAGUCUGGCCUAAAUAGCAGAGGGGAACAAAUUACAUCAUCUCCUUUUGCAGAUGUAGCUCAGAAAGAAAUACAGACAGUGUAUACAGAGCUUCCGAGAAACACUGAAGAUGCAGCACAGUCAAAAACAAGGGCCCAUGUCCAGACUGUAGAUGUCGCUGAUGAUGCAGUCCUGAGUUUAACAGAGGUCGAGGUGUCAGAAUAUAGUCUGGAAGAAGAAAAGGAGCAAGAAUCAGUCGAUGAAAGACAGGGUGUUAUAGAUGGGCUGCCAGAACAAACUCACAAAUCAGUGGGAGGAGAGAGCUUAAAGAAAGUCACAUUUAUCCUGGAGCCUGAGCUUAUCAAUGACUCAUCAUUGUCUGAGGCCAGGACCUCUGAGGAGUCCAGAGCAGAGAUGAGCAUGUCAGAUGCUGAGCUGAGCUCUCAUGAUGAGACCAACACCAAUGAAAUUAUCGAUCAGAUGUUCGAAGAGGUGUUGGAAUAUGCUGGAAGGAUGGAGCAAGAGAGAGGAAAUGAUGAAGAUCCUGACUAUGGUGAUAGUGGCAUUGGUGUUUGCUCUGGAGACAAAGAUAAAAUGGACACAGAGUCUGAGAAGGAGAAAAGUAAAGAAGAGGGAGAGGCCAAAGAAGAGUGUGAUGAGAACAAUGGAGAUGAGUUGCUCACUUUUCCUCCCAGUGGCAUCCUCUCUCCUCUCAGCAAGUCGGUGGAGGCUUGGGUUACCCCUCUGCGGCUGGCAACAAGCCAGGAAUCCAAUCCUCCCUCUCUGCUCCUGACUCCAGAGGAGACCCUCUCCCCUGCGGUUGAGUCUGUUCCUCUGUACAGUAUUGAUGCCUACCGUACACAAAGGCAGAACAAGCUGCCCCCCAUUCAGAGUGUCACUCCCGGGGUUCAGAGACGAGCUCCAGAGAAGUCACAGCCUCAACAUUCUGUCAACACCAAGGAGAGAAUCACGGCUCUUAAUGAGGAAGCAGGGAAACUUCAGACUGUGAUCAGCCAGACCCUGCAGGCUCUGAGCUGCUGUACUGAUGAGGAGCAUGGACGAGGCUCGCUGGAGGAGGCUGAAGCUGAAAAACUACUGCUGGUGUCUUGUGAGAAACGCUCUGCCCUGCUGGCGGAAGUGUCUAGACUGAGGGAGGAGAGGAACUCAGAGACUGGAGUGGCAGCAGGGGAGGACAAGGAAUAUGUUUCCCAGCAGCCCUGUAGAGGCACCGUCAGCAUCACAAACAUCCAGCUGCCUCUUAAGUUUGAAUUUGUCUGCUCCUCCCAAAACCGCUCAGGUAGACCAAGUCACUACUUUUUCAUCCUGAUCCGCUACGGACCCUGCAACAUCAUCGCUACCCCGCUGGCCACAGCUGCUGACGCUCAGAAUGGAGACACCAUCUCCUUCCCCACCUCUGUCACUCUGAAGGACAUUCGCUCAUCCUUCGAGAUUGAUGUAGAAGUCUAUAGUCUGUCCCACACUUCAGGUAGUAACUGCAGUGUGGACCGGACCACCACCAAGUCACGGGUUACACCGAGAAAGCUUUUGAACACCAUCACAAGAUCCAGUAACACUCUGACAUCUGCUGCUGUGCCUGCUCUCAACGCUCGUCGCUCCAGUAACUUUUGUCUCGUGGGCUCCCAUAAGAUCACCUUGGCCUCGCUGGGACACAGCAAGUUCCCUCUGGAUAAGAUGAAACUUGAAGGCAAAAUCAGGAGACUGCUGGGAGAUGAAUUUCAGGAAAAGGUGCCCUUUCUCUCUCCUCUAGAGGGCAACAUCUACCUUAGACUGGACAGCCAGAGUCACUCCAAUGUGCAGCACCAAGGCUUCCUGACAAUGUUUGAGUUGGUCAGUGGAUUUGGGGUGUGGCAUCGCAGAUAUUUUGUCCUGGAGGGAUACAGCAUGCACUCCUGGAACCAUCCCAAUGACAGAGAAACCAAGCAGGCAGAGGGCAGCAUCUCUCUGUCCAGCUCUCCCAGUCAGUGCGUCAGGCCUGUCAAGAGGGACUCGUGUGCUCGACCUUUCACCUUCGAGCUGGUGAGCAACAUCCCACAUCAGCAGCAGGAGGACAGACAGGAGGCAGUGGCCAAGUGUUGGUUUUCAGCCGACACCAAACAGGAGCGAUCAGACUGGAUGGAGAAACUCAACCAAGUUCUUUUGGACAUUCACACGUGGAACCGAGCAUCAGCGACCCAAACAGAAAGUCAGCAGUCUAACACGAGCAGUGGGAACUUGAGGGAAAGCAUACUGUAACUACAUCGAUAUGUGCCGAGAUGCAGUUUAAAUAGGUUGUAUCUGUCUGGGAUCCACGAAGGGCCGGUAGAUUCUUAAUGUCAGUGCAGCAGGAGAUGAGCUUCGACUCUGUUUCACUGAUUAAACCAAACAGCAUUCUACACAUAAAACAAACAUGCAACAUGUGAUGCGUCUCACGUUGAGUUAUUUUUUGGAGAUUCUUCUGUUUAAGUUUCAGUUUAUUUCUUUUUAUCUGAAUCCAAUCAUUUACUGUUGGUUUUCACUUUUAUUUGCCAAUUUAUAGUUGCCAUUUGAAUCUUUUUAGUUCUCUUUACUUUGAUUUUGUGCAAGUAACGUUUUGUUUUUACUUGUUUUCUAUGGCAAUCAGCUGCUUUAGCCUUCAAUGGCUCUGUUAUAUUGUCACUUUGAGUAGCUAAGAUGAAACCUCUCUUGUAGCUUAUAUAUUUUUGAAAUGAUGAAAGUGAUAUUGUAUGUUUGUAUCAUUUGAACUGGAAUGAUAGACACAUUUAUUUAGACACUAAUGAAUAUUGAAGGAGAAGGAAUUCUUUAAAUCUACUAAACUGAUUUAGGAUGAGAAUGUAUUUGGAAUGGCAGGGAACUAAUGAAGGAGGGCCAGUGUUGGAAUGGGAGCUUCUGUUAGUCAUUUAGGCAAGUUAUCUAUUCCUGUCUGGUGAAAUAAUAGGUUUUUGAUCAGGGGCUCUAAGUUGAAGUAAUAUGGGUUUUUGUUACACUGAACCAAUCAAUAUUUGACUGUUUAUAACUCGAUCUCGAGUCUCAAUCUCUUCCUAUUGUCGGCACAAAGUGUCACUGGUGUCUUGGGGUUGUACUUCCUACUUAGUGCCCUUAAGAGUUCACUCAUAUUCUUGAGUACAUGAUUUGUGUUACUGCACAUUUAAAGCCGUAUAUAUGUACAUGUGUAGACUCGUGUUAUAUACAUAGAUACCAGAUGAAGAGACGUGGUAAAAGGGGGGACUGCAGUGAUGCUGCUACAAUGAAUGUGGUCUGUUAUGUCUGAUGUCCUGUUCUUUUCCGUGUGUUUCCACUGAUGAGUCUGUCACUUUGUUAUAAAUGUUGUUCAUGUCAACUCUCAUAUGCACUUAAUGGAAGGUACCAAUAAAAUGAAUGGAAUUAAAAGGCAA